GGCUCCACAUCAGUAAGUGGGCUGGUGACUGGGUCAUGUGACUUGACAGGGGAAAAAAAGAAGCAGCGAUGGAGAAAAGCUAAGGAAGGAAUCUGCCCUGGCAGUGGCUUCCUCUUUACCCAGAGUGCUUGUGGAAUGGCAGCAGUUUGGCAGCAGGUGUUGGCAGUGGACGCAAGGUACAAUGCUUACCGCACGCCUACGUUCCCACAGUUCCGAACUCAGUACAUCCGCCGACGCAGCCAGCUGCUCAGAGAGAACGCCAAGUGUGGCUUUGAGCCAGGGCUGCGCAGGCAGUACCUGAGGCUGCGCAGUCAGCUGCUGGCCCUGCGCUACGGGCCCCUGUCUGAGCAGAGCAGCUUCAGGGCCAGCAGUGUGCGCAGCUCCCGCACCACACUGGACCGCAUGGAGGACUUUGAGGAGGACCCCCGCGCCCAAGGGGCUCGUGGUCAUCGCCGCUCUGUCAGCAGAGGCUCCUACCAGCUACAGGCCCAGAUGAACAGAGCCGUCUAUGAUGAGAGGCCUCCGGGCAGUUUGGUGCCCACCUCAGUGGCAGAGGCCAGCCGUGCCAUGGCAGGAGAUACAACAUUGAGUGAAAACUAUGCUUUCGCUGGCAUGCACCACAUAUUUGACCAGCAUGUAGACUCUGCUGUUCCACGAUUGCAGUUCGCCAAUGAUGACAAGCACCUCCUUGCUUGCUGCUCUCUGGAUGGCACCCUGUCCAUUAUGACGCUGUCUCCACCCCCUCCAAGUGUGAAGGUGACCCUGAAAGGCCACGGAGGUCCCGUCACAGACUUUGCCUGGUCUCUGAGCAAUGACAUCAUUGUGUCAACGUCACUCGAUGGGACACUGCGUAUUUGGAACACAGAGGACGGUCGGUGCAUCCGAGAGGUCAGAGACCCAGAAUCCAGCGAGUUGCUCUGCUGCACCUUCCAGCCCAUGAAUAAUAACCUUACUGUGGUGGGAAACAGCAAGCACCACCUGCAGGUGGUUAACAUCUCCACUGGGAAGAAAGUGAAGGGGGGCUCCAGUAAGCUGACAGGCCGCGUGCUGUCUCUCUCCUUUGAUGCUCCAGGGAGGAUCCUUUGGGCUGGUGAUGACAGAGGCAGCAUCUUCUCCUUCCUCUUUGACAUGGCCACAGGGAAGCUAACCAAAGCCAAGCGUCUGGUGGUGAGUGAAGGCAGCUCCAUCUGCAGCAUUUCUGCUCGGUCCUGGAUUAGCAGAGAGGCCAGAGACCCCUCCCUGCUGGUCAACGCCUGUGUCAAUAAGCUGCUGCUGUACAGGGUGGUGGACAAUGAAGGUACACUACAGCUGAAGAGAAGCUUCCCCAUCCAGCAUGGAUCCCAGCUCGUUCAUAGCAUCUUCUGCCCCCUCAUGUCCUUCAGGCAGGGGGCCUGUGUGGUGACCGGCAGCGAGGAUGCUUGUGUGUACUUCUUCGACGUCGAACGCAACACCAAGGCGAUAGUGAACAAGUUACAGGGUCAUGGCGGACCAGUUUUGGACGUCAGCUUCAACUGUGACGAGAGUUUGCUGGCGUCUGCCGAUUCCACCGGCAUGGUCAUCAUCUGGAGGCGGGAGCAAAAGUGACUGGCCCACCAAUAAAAAGCUUCCAUCCACUGCGUAUAAACAGCCUGCUGCUCCUUAACCGUCCAAUAACAAGUCUGUAGAUUUUCACUGGAAUGUAACAGACUGCAUCAAACGUUCAAUGUAAUGAUACUAAAGUGCAAUCAGAUAGAUGCUGUGUAGGUGGUGGGGAUGUCUUAGAAAUUUAUGGGGUGGGAGGUGGGUUGUGUGUGUGUGUGUGUGUGUGUGUGUGUGUGUGUGUGUGUCAGUACUCCUACAGCUGUGGCUGAGAGAUUGUUUUUCACUAAAGAAAGAAGGAAAGAGCACUACUACCAUGCAUGUGUCAUGGCUUACCUCCAACUUGUGUGGAUACGACUGAAUUCAUGUGAAGAGUGCAACAUAAUCUUCCAGAAAAAAAACAACACUUUGCAUCACACUGACAGUCCCUCUGGCAUAGAUCUAGUUCACUAUUUAUGUAACUGUUAUUCAAGCAGUGUAAUCAAGUGUAGUAAAACUGCCUUAUUUGCUUUCCGUUGCCUGUUUGCAUUUGAGACCAUGUGCAUGAAAAUGGAAUCCGAAUCAGUCAGUAGGCAUAUCCAAUCGAUCAUCACAAAAGAUAAAACAAGUGUGUUUUUAAGUAUGUGUUUGUACUUAUCUCUUUGUGUGUGUGUGAGUGAGUGAGUGUGAGUCUGUGUGUGUGUGUAUGUGUACUCCAUUCAAGCUGGUUGCAGAUUCAUAUAAUUUAUUUAACACACAUACACAAUAAAUUCCUGUAAUUGUCA